GAAAGCUCUUUGAAAGCUGAACGUUCUGAAGAGAUUUGUGAUAUGGCUAGGUUGGAAAAUAUAAAUAGUGAAGUUCAAUUCCAGAUCAGAUGUCUCCCGGGAGCUGUGUGCUGCCUGGUUUCGUGCAGCGGUUGCGCACCGGCCGCGCUGCUCUGAGCAGUCGGGGCAAGCAGUGCUGCGGCGGGCUUUGCUGGUGGCUUGUUCCAGCUCACUUCAUCUCCAAGCAGAGUGCUCUUAUUUGUAUAGCAGUGUAAAUGCUGCUUUAUAAACGCUGGGGAGAAUGUGAGUUCUUUCUGACCUGGGCUUCCCAAUCCUGAAAUAAUGUGCUGCAUCCUCCGGAGCCGUGCCCUUCGAGGGACUGACCAGUUCUGUGGUGUGUGGGUGCUGCGGUGAUCUGGUUCUACACUUUAGUGUGCUCACUGCUACUCUAAAGUUCUGCUUCCUGAGGUAUUAGGCACAGCUGGAAAAUCUAUUUGUUCUGAACAAACUGCAGCUGCCUGGCAAGUGACUGUGCAGAACCGGGGAACACUUGAGCUUUGACCUUGCUGCAGAGGCUGCCUCUCUGUAAAGAGGAGCUCGCUGAAGCAGUAGAGCUGCGAAGCAGAAGUGUCUGCUGCUGGUGUUUUGUAAAGCACGUGGGUGCAGAGAGAUGUGAGAGGCCACAUGGCUGUGGUCUCUUCAGCAGGGCAGGGCUGUGCUUGUGUCUGAUGGGCUGGCUGUUGUCCCCAGUGAUGGACAGUACUCUGCAAGAAUUGUUUUGUAGGCAUGAUAAUUUUUUUCCACUCUGGUUUGUGGUUUCAGUUUCAAGUCUUUCUAAUGCAUCUUUCUUAUCUUUCUUUCCCUGGAAAGAGUGAUAAAACGCAGAGGGAGGCGGGUGUAGAGACUCUGUAGUUGCGUUAUGUAGUGAGUUGUCCUGCUGUUCAUCUUUAAAAGCUGAUGUCUUUUGAAUCCUCAGAGGAGUCACAGGUGUUCCUCAUGCUCCAGCUGGUUUUUGGUUGUUCCCUUAUGAAACUUGUUAGUAAAAUGACUGAAUUUUGAUUGGAGAUACCCUCUGCAAAGAAUUUUCUUCUAAUGUUGCAGUUUGUUUUUCCAGAUGUUGGUAAUUAAAGUGCAGUAAACUUUCCUUUCAUACAGCCUUGUGGCAGAUAGCAAAUCUCAAAAGAGCUGAGAUAACUUUGUUCAUUUUGGCAUUCUAGCUAUAACAUACAGGCUAAUUGUUCCCAAGCACAGCAAGAAAAAAAUUGUCCUUUAGGCUUCUUCUUUUUAUACUGAUUUUUUUUUUCUCAACAUCUAAGCUUGAACUUUUUGUUUCUUUUUGAAUACUGAGUAACUUUAUUAGGCAAUGAAGACAACUUGUUUGAAAAACAGUGGGUGAACGACAUGACAGGUACCCUGAAAUGAAGGGAGCUCUGCUGUGUCACAGUUCUGCUGUGUCCAUGAGACCCCUUGUUUAAAAGUUGGGGUUCUCACCUGCUGGGAGCCCUGCCAAGACCCACAGGAGCUGUGCCUCAGGAGCUUCAUUUUUGCCAGCCAAUAGUUUUCCAUUGCUUCAAGACAUGGAGAUGAAAUGAAACUACUGCAGGUGUUGAUCCAAUGUAAUGAAGUUUUGAAGAAGAGGGAUGUGUGUGGAUGUUGGCUUUGGAAAACAGCAAUUAUUGAUCACCAAGGCUUGCUGCAGUAUAUUGCUACCAGUGGGGAAUAGAACUCAGAUGCUGGCAAUGUGUCUUCUUGGAAAAAAUGGAAGUGACAGACUAUCUCUUCAUCUGUGUCUGCAAACCCAUUUGCCAUAAUCUAAAUAAUCAAGAUUUCAGAGAGCUUCUAGAAUAUGUCUAAAUAGUUUCUGGGUAUAGAGAAGUUAUGAUUGUUUGUCCCCAGCAGCAGCCAGUGAGUGAAGCCUUAAGUUACCACUGACUGCUGCUGAGCUGUGUGUUUGAAAUAGUGGAGAGGCAGCCCAGCCAAGUCCAGCUGUGGUCAUGUACAAAUGUGACAAACACCGGAGUCCAGGAAGGCUGGGUCCUCUAAGCUUCUGACUUCCUCCUGGGUGUUACAAGGUUAAACUUGGAGCAUUUCUUUUUAAACUCUGCCCCAAGGAUGAGGCAGGUGAGCCUCUGGGGUCAGCCCAAAGCUUUUGCUGUUCCAGAUGUAGGAGGAGUUUCCUUGUGUGAAGUUUUAUCAGGAGGUUCUCAAGCUCACAGAACGUUUUGCCUUGGUUAUUUUUUUCCUUGCUUUUUGGGAUUUGUUUUGAGCCCAGGGUCAGGGCUGUCCCCUGGCUCUGACUCACAGCAUUGCUCCACUGGCAUCCUCUGAAGAGCAAGUUAUGGCUGAAGUUUUAACAGCAUCUCCUUGAAUUGAAACUGCCGACCAAAUGUUGCAGGCAGGGGACAAAUAGAGAAGCUCCUGGGGAGUGAAAUGCUUUCCCUUGUGUUAUUUACCAAAUUUUAAAAUGUUUUGGAAGCUGUUGCAUGGCAUCAGAUCUUUUAUUGAAUGUUGAGGCAUAUGCCAUAAAAUGCUGUGUUGCUUUUCUCACUGGACAGGGCUCCUUGCACCCUGACUUUAGGGCUGCUGUAUUCAGGUGACUUGUGAGCACAGGAUAAUAAGAUUCCUUCCCAGGCCCUGAGCAACUGGAAGAGUUGCUGAUGGGUCAACUGGAGGCAGCUCCUGAGCUGGCUUUUUGGGUACUUUUAAGGUGUUACAUAGCAGACGUGCGGGGUAACUUUGGGGAGUCAGUUGAUGUAUAAAAUGGUGUAUUUUUAAUAAAGAACAAAAGAAUAGUGUGGCUUUCAGCCCUCAGCAGAAAGUACAUUUCAACAAACAAAACUGAAAACAAAGGCCAGUGUGGGAUUGGUCCUUGUGGGGGGGGAGGUUAGUUUGGUGUUUUUUUUUGGUUUAAUUUUGGUUUUUUGUUGUUUGUUUGGUUCAGUUUUGUUUGUUUUGUUUUUCUUUAGAUUAAUCCACUUAUACAACCUUUUGACAGUAGCAGGGAGCACUUCAGGCCACUCAUCCCAUCUGUGUGUAUCUCUGGUGGCAGUGUCUUAGGUGUGUGAUCUCUUGGGUGAGGGUGUAGAGGCCAGAUGUGGAGAAGGUGAUACUGUGCCACUAACCCAGAGCAGAAAGGCAGAGAGGCUACAGGUGCACUGGUGAUGCUGGUGCUUUCGUAGGCAGAACUGGUGCUGGAGGAUGUGCUGCACACCUGGGAUUGAACCUGGGCUGUGAGGAGAUGUGCAUUAGCUGUAUGAGAUGGGGUGUGUGAGAGCAGGUGCUUAGAUGUGUGCAGCAAACAAUUCUUUGUGUGGUCUCCCUCGAGAUGGAGAGAGAUGUUCAGGUGGUUGUAGGGCCCAGGAUUUGGGAAAUCCAGUUUUAGUGGUGAAAAGGAAAGCACUGAUGUUAGGAAAUGCCCUUUAGCAACUGAAAACCUUCAGUUCACUGGUGACAUUUGCAGGAUCAUAUGAUUAGCAAACUCAGUGUCUGUGUGCCCAAAGUGGCUAAAAGGGCUUUGGAAAGCAGGCUGGGAAGCUUUGCACCCGGGCUUAAACGUCAGCUCACGUGAGCAGGGGUCGGAGCUCUGAUUUGCCCUCAGUGAAUGGGUUACCUGCUAAAAAUAAAAAAAAGUCCUUGUACACAGAUGGGCAGGUUGUGUUGGCUACACGACUUUGUUAUCUCUGUGAUACCAUGGGUAUCACAGAGGUGCUGGUCUCCGUUCCAGUAAGCAGGGAAUGGGUUGCUCAGUGAGAGGAGCAGAGCCGGCCGCUGGCAGCCUCUCAUGUUGGGUGUUCUUUGGUGCAGAUGUCCCAGGGCAGCCAGUCUGUUCAGGAGUUGGUGCAUACAUGCUGCACCCAAAGCAGGUGGAGCUGGCUCUGGUUCCAGUUUGCUCUGGAUCCUAGCAAAGCCACAGGAUUGCUCCAAGGCUUUAGACUGGUUGGGAUGUUCAUUAGAGGACGGGCCACGAGCAGCAUGGCAGAGCCACGACCUGCACCUGACGGUCCCCAUUACUGCCAUGAUUUGGCUGAAGCCUUUCCUGUUGGCAUUCUCAUCUUGACUGUGCUUUUCUUGUUGUGGCUUUGAUCCAGAUGUUCAUCUGGCAUGCUGUGGUUUCCUUGUCUGGGAGAAAUAACUGUUUUGUCCAUCUUCAAAGUCCAAAUAUGGAGAGUAGAGCUGGGGGACCUUUUAGCUCCUUGACUCCUGCUUACUUCUGCUGGGCACAUCUCCUGCAUGGAGAGCACUGGUCCAACCUGAUCUCUGCAGUCUUUUGAGGGGGUUUUGCCCAAUUCAUUGCUCCUUGGAUGAUAUAGACUGGAUUACAUAUCUCAUUGCAGUGCAUGAGCACUGACAAGGAAGAGUAUCUUGCAAGGGUGUUUCACUUAAGCUGUGGAGCAGGAUCCUGCACCAGCAGCCUGGUCUCUGCCUUGGAGCAGUGACAGAGCACAAGCUGCUCUUCAAGGAGCUGGCACAGUUUGCUGCACGUGUUAGAGUUUUGGAAUUCUAGUGCAGAAUUCACUCUUCUGUGACAGCUUUCCACAGACAGGGUUUGGUUUUUUUUUUCAGUUUGAGUAAUUAUCUAUAAACUCAGCCCUUUAUGUUCUGGAUCUGCUCAGAAGCUGAGGAUGCAAAAUGUUGCUGAGAAGAGCCUUUCCAUUUAUUUGCUAAUGUCUAACUAUGGCAGCAGAGGGGACGUUGAUAAUAAAACUAGUGUCUCUGAGACUUUUUAAAAAAAUGUGUACAAAAAAAUGUAUCCCCAAGGAAUGGGCUCAGAAAACACAGGUGCUUAGAAAAAAAACUGUGUGUGGUUCAAACCAGCUGUUUGGGUCUUGUUUCUCACACUGGGAUUUUGAUGUUUCUGCUGUAAACAGAGCUAGGGAACGGGCUGGAGCACCAAUCUGAUGAUGAGUGGCUGAGGGAGCUGGCUGUUCAGAAAAGGAAGUUCAGUGGGGACCUUCUUGCUCACUAAAACUCCCUGAAAGGAGAGUUCAGCCAGGUGGGGGUCAGUCACUUCUCCCAGGAAAUAAGUGACCAGAAGAGAGGAAACAACCUCAAAUCGUACUGGGGAGGUUUAGGCUGAAAAAAUUCCUUCAUGGAACAGGUGGUCAGGCACUGGCACAGGCUGCCCAGGGCAGUGGUGGAGUCACCAUCCCUGCAGGGAUUCAAAAACUGUGGAUGUGGCGCUUGGGGACAGGGGUUUGUGGUGGGCUUGGCAGUGCUGGGAGAGCAGUUUGACUAGAUGAUUUCUAGUUCAGGCUGUUUCCAACCUGAAUGAUUCUGUGAACGCUGAGUUUGGUUGGUGAGCUGUUGACAAUUGUGAGAGAAGGCUGUGUGUUGAUGAGCUGAUCCGUCAGGGAUCUGGAGAGGGACUGACUUGGCUGUACACCAUGAUUCAUGUUCCACUGGGUAUGGGACUGGGACCCGAGUGCACUGCAGAUGUUGUCUUUGGAUUUCAAUUACUUCCUUGCUAACCAUGAAAACCUUGCUGCUUUUCCUUCGUAUUUGCUGAAUGGCAUGAGUCAGAUAUUAAAGCAGUGACUUCAGGUUCCACCCUGGGCUGGACCCUGCCAAGGAAACACCAAAUAACUGGUAACAGAAACCUGUGCAUUUCCUGAAGAACAGCAGGGUGGCCAUUCCCUUCCAGCCCCAGCAGGGCCCUGGGGCAAGGCCAUGGGGCUGCCUGUGUCUGUCAGAUGUGGAGCACAAAGAGCCUCAGUAUAAAUACUCCCAGGACACAGUCAGUGAGGGCAGUUUUAUUCCAGUAUGCAGAAUGGACUUUUUCCUCUGAACUUUAAAAUAAACAACAUUUUGGCCAAACAAAUGGAACUGACCUUUUUAUUAAAAGCAUAUAUCUUCUCAUGCUUGUUUCAGUAAGAGGUUGUUAAUUUUAAAGGACUCCUUAACUUGCAGAACAGCUGACUUAAGUAAUUCUAAUAGCAUUUAUCAUCUUACUUUUUGCUCCUUGCAGUUGGAGAGUUUGUAGCCUUUUUUUGAGGAGGAGAGAUGAGAAAAGUAGAUUUGACUCUGUGUGUUCUUUGCACAGGUGGAGAGAGAGGCUGAGUCUAUCAAGUUAAUUUUUAAGUUGAUGAAAAGAUUCACAUUCAUGUUGAAGAAGAUUGACCUGCCCACAAGCUCAAGCGUAUUCCUGCUCAGAUGCGAAGGAAGGAUUACAGAUAGUUAUGAAGAGCAGCUUUGAAAAAGAGACUAGAAAGUCUUCUAUUAGAAAUUAGAAACUAUUCUGUAAAGUGAGGGAAUGCUUCCGAAGUUGGCAUCUGGUUCUGAGACACCAGUGAAAGGCUCUCUCCCUCUUGAACAUAUGUACAUGAAGGAAACUAUCCUGACAGAUGAAGCCCUUGGUUGUGUCUCCCGGGUGCCGGGCCCGGGACAGAGGGGCCCAGAGCUGCCAUGACGACAGGCGACUGCUGCCACCUCCCCGGCUCCCUGUGCGACUGUCCGGGAAGCACUGCCCUCUCCAAGUCGGUGGAGGAGUCGGACAUCGGGCGCCCGCAGUACAUCACGCAGGUCACGGCCAAGGACGGGCGGCUCCUCUCCACGGUGAUCAAGGCGCUGGGCGCCCAGAGUGGCUGAAGGACCCCGGGCCCCGCAAUGAGAAGAGGACGCUGUUCUGUGACAUGGUGUGUUUCCUGUUCAUCACUCCGCUGGCGGCCAUCUCGGGCUGGCUGUGUCUGCGCGGGGCCCAGGACCACCUGCAGUUCAACAGCCGGCUGGAGGCCAUCGGACUCAUAGCACUCACUAUAGCACUUUUCACCAUCUACGUCCUCUGGACACUGGUCUCGUUCCGCUACCACUGCCAGCUGUACUCGGAGUGGCGAAGGACCAACCAGAAAGUCCGCCUGAUGAUCCCGGCCUCGCGGAGCCCUCAGCCCGUGCCCCACUCCCUCCUCUCCGCCAAGCUCAUGAAGAAGGCGGCGGAUGAGACCACGGUCUGAGCCGCCCCGCGGCCGGCCAGGGUGGAGGGUCGGGCAUCCCCACAGGCCCAGGGACCGUGGCAGCUGUGGGGCACUGAAAACAAUCAUCCCACCCAAAGGGACUCUGUGCUCAGCACGUGCUUUAGACCUUGGCAAAGAGACACAUAAUCAACAUCUGUGGGUGAAAUGGCCCAAAAGAGCCUGAUGGCAGAAAAUGCCUGUCUGCAGGGACACUUUCCUAUAACAAAAUACCAUACAUGGAAAACAUCUCCCUCUCUCUCUAUAUAUAUAUAUCUAUAUAUAAUAUUAUUUUUUAAUGGCCAUGCAUAUUGUGUUUCAAUCCUUUUGUGUUGAUGUUCUAAGCUUCAGGAUAGAAGCUGGCAACCUGAUCUCAUUCAGAGGUUAAAUCAAUGCCUUUUCUCCAAAUGAGCAUAUGAGGAACACUUUCCAUCAAUCAUUCUUGAAAGUCCCCUUCUCCUUUGCACUAAAUUGGUUUUGAUAUACUGCAGCAGCCUUCCCGUUACUCUUUGGUCUCUUUUGUGGUGUUCUGUCCUUUCUAGAAAGCUGAGUGUUUUUAAUAAUUACUAUAAUCCCAGAAGGAGUAAAAUGACAUAAUACUGAAUGGAGACAUUUUGUAUUGUAAAGUACUGUAAUUUUGAGAAUUUCAAAAUCAGUUUCAGAAUGAGAGAAUCUUUUCCAGUGCAGACAUGAUCUCACAAAAUGCUUUCCUUGAGAUCCUGGCUUAUCCCCAGGACUCGGAUGCACUCAGCCCUUGGUCUGUCUGGCAAAGGUAGAUGGAGGAUCCGAGGGUGGGAAGAGAUGGCUCCGUACUAGCUAAACCCACCACUGCCUUUUGCUUUGAAAAGAUUGAAAAAGCUUUCCUGACCCCAGAAGGUGGGAGUUGGAGUCUGUUUGCUGAUGUCCUUUUGCCAGCUUGAGGCUGGACCUCCUGUAGCAUCAGUUUCACACGUACCUUAGGGGGCAGGCCAUGCCCUGCGGCGCUGGCAGGACGCAGGUGCUCUUGGCUGUCUCUGCACUUUAUUUGCACAUUCCAGAGGAGCUGCUGGGAUUGGGUUCAUCCCUGGUAGCGCUGCCUGCCUGUUGUGUCCUCUAGUGAAACACCCCCCCUCCCCCAGUGUGCUGGUCCCAGGGAACAGGUUCUGGGUCCCUUGUCCUGUGUGGCCAGUGUUCCUCCUUCUCCUCCUUUCACCUACGUUUCCAGUACAUGCAGCUCUCAAAGCCCUCUGUCUCAGAAUGCCCCCUUUGCCAAGAGUCCCCCCGGUUUGGCUUUGGUCCUUGCCUCUGCCACCUCACCCUGCCAGACAGUGCCUGGUGCUGAGCUUUCCUGAGCCUCCUGAGUGGCACAGGCUGUGAGGACGCUGGUGGUGAUGCUGCCCUGCUGGGUGCUCCAGAGGUGUGUGCUGGAGCCUGGGCUCUGGCUCCAUGGUGGUGAGGGUAGAGAGCAGGCAAGAGGGAGGCUCUGAGGGGCCUAUGUCCUUGCAGUGGGUGGUGGUGGUCGUGCACUUGUCCCUCUGCCCCUUUGCUGAAAGCAAGCGGGUCAGUGCAAUGCCCUGUGAGAUGGAGAUCUGUAAUUUCCUGAAUUCAAAGCACCAUGUGCAAUUCCUCCUCUUCCUCUUCCUCCUCCUCCUCCUCCCUAUCUGCAAAGCAGGAUGUGUUUCCUUGUGUGUUCCCUCAGCCUGAGCUGGUAGUUGCUGGUGGCCUGAACAGCAGGGACCAGUGUGCCAUCUUGCCCAACAGGAUUGCUCCAGCCCUGGCCCUGUUGUCUGUCUGCUCUCCUCUGUCCCCUCUCCCAGGUGCAGCUUGGGGAUACCCUGACACGUCUUGCAGCAGCCUCUCCGUGCCCUGAGGGCUGCUCUGAACUGGCCUCUGUUCCAAGCGUGAGGGGCUGGUGUGACUGUGGGGUGAAUGUCCUCUGCUACAGCCUGGCUGCACAUCUCUGCUCCUCUCUCUUGGCCAGCCCCCUGACUGUCCCUUCCCUUCUUCCACAUACCUGGGGGUGUCUGCCCUUUUCCCACUCAUGCACUCAUGCAGGGAUUACUCUGCUUCUGGUACUCUUGGUGGGGAGGCUGCUGCAGCCCAGCUCCAGUCAAAGUCCCUACUCCAGUCCCAUCCCAGUCCCAUGCAGGUGCUCCCCACCCUGCACACCCUUCCAUAGCAGCAGGCUCUGCACCACUGCUCUGUGCCUUGUCCUGGGUGCCCCUUCCUUCAGCCCCUUCCCAACAACCCCCCUGUCACCAGGACAUCACCAGUGAAGAAAAAUGGAGGGGUGGUUUAACUUUCCCAGCCCUGGCUGCCUCCCAGGAGCUUGGCCCCACAAGGCAGCGAGUUCUGGCAGAUGAGGGAUGCUCUCUCCCAUUGCAUGUCCCCAGGGUAAGGACUUCAUGGAGCCAGUGUUCCAGUUAAGAAACCCACCAUCAAUCCAAAUAUGCAACUGUGAAAGCCAGAAGCCCUUGGCUGGGGCAGUGGGGUCCCAGUCCUGUGUGUGGCCACGGCUGCACUCAGCAUCCUUGGCUUUGCUGUCAUUGCCAACAAUUGGAGCUGUUGCAUGUGCCCCCACAAGACCCAGUAGUGACUCUUUGAGUCUUGUCCUCCUUCCCAGAGAUGUUCAGCUCGUGGAUGUGGGCAAUCGGUGUCUGACCCACCACGUUCCAGUGCGUUCUGGGGAAAUGGGCUGUGCAAUGAUGUAAAUAAAAGUGAGACAAACUUUGGGCUGUUGUGUUGUUAUUGGAGGGGGCCAGGGCUGCAGAGCCCAGGCUGCCUCCCAAAGAGCACCCUGGCAGCAGCUGCCCUGGCCAGCCCCCAGGGCCCCAGCAGAAGGUUUCAAAGUUGGACAAAAUCCAGGGCCUUUUUUCAUUUCUGGGCAGUUUCUCUGUCAGUGUACAGAAGCCUGCCUGGCGUGGGCCAAGCAAGGCGAUAAUGUUUGGGCCAGGUCAAGAGUCCUUUGGCCCUUGGUUGGACCAGGGGUGUGUAUGGGGCUGCAUAGAGCGACCCUGAUGCUGGCAUGAUGCCACCCCACAGAGGCUCCCUGUGAGCUGCCUGAGCCGGGCCUGCCCACGGCCCUGCAGCCCAGCCCCUCACUGCAGGCUCUGGGAGACACCGGGCACCUCUGUGAGCCCGGGUCAUGGUGGGCAGUGCCUAGGUGUGUCCCGCUGUGUCAGAGCUGUGCUUGAGUGUGUGUGAGCCGCUCAGAGCUGUGUCUGAGCUGUGCCCAAGCGUGCAAGAGCUGCUGGCUGCAUGCUGCAGGGCAGGAGCCUUGCUCUGUGCACUUGCUGCCAGCUGGCUCCGAGAGCCACCCAGGGCCAGCACCAUGGCAGGGGCUGCAGGGCAUGCAACCUCAGGGCAGAGACUUGGGCAGCCAUCGUUCCCUGUUCAGUGGAGCAAUGAGGAGACCCAACAUCCCCUGCAGCCUUGGCCCCUGGCCCUGGAUCUGUGUUGAAAAUCUGGUCACGCCACACUUGCAGCAGGGGGUUGGAAAUUGUGAAGCUGCCCGUUUAAAGUGCCACUCAAAGCACUGCAACGCCAAUGUUGGAUGCAUUUCUGAGGUCCUGGACAAGGCUUUAGCCUUGGGCAAGACCUUGGAUGAGUUUCUUGGCCAAGCUCUCAAAUCAGGGUUUUUUUCGGCUUGUUUAUAUUAAAAGAAAAAAAAAGGUUUUAAAAAAAGAGAGUGCCAUGGUUGGCUCAGCCAGUCCUAUAAGAUAAAACUGUGAUGCCACACAGUAAUCUGGCAGGGUGGGGAGAAGAAAAAGUGGCAUCUGCAACAGCAAGAACAGUGUAAAAGAAGCAGAAGUCCCAGAGAAAGGACUCACUGGGGAAAAGGAAACAGUUCCCUGGCAAGGGCAUUCAGUCACAGUUGCUUGGCUGAUGUGCCAAAUCCAGGCAGGCUUUGUUUGGAGCACGUCUGACAGAGCAGUGCUGAGAAGAGCAUGUUUGUUGAGGUGCUUCCACUGUGCACUGCUGCAGCCUUUUUCCCUGGCAGCAGGAGGGUCCCAGGGGUCCGAUCCCACCCUGCUGUGCACCGAGGGCUUUGGGAGCUGCCCUGUGCCUCUGUGUCAGGGCACUGCUGCCAUGUGCUGUCUGUGCCCGCGCUGGCACAAACCGCCCGGCCCGGCUGUCUCCCCAAAACCACUCAGAGCCCGUGUGGGUCCAGCCUUGCUCAAGGACCCUGGUGGUCCUUACCCUUCCUGCCCAUUGUGGCUCCAGCAUGCAGAGACCUCUAACACAUGAGAGCUGAAUUUUAAGCUCCCCAGAGUCUUUGUGGUGCAAUUCUAAAUGGAAUUAUGUAUUUCUCACACAAGUGCUGCAGUUAUGCAACUCAGCUCCCACAGAGCUGAUUUUUUAAAAUUUAAUUUUUGGGGGACACAUCAAAAAGGAAACCAGAGCAAAAUAUUUACUCCCUCCAAACCACAAAAUUCCAGUGAAGUUCCCAGACACCAGUCUGUUGAAAAAACCCAACUUUUCUCCAGUCUGAGGGACUAAGGUGGCUUUCAGAAAGGAAUUUCUUCUUCUUGAUUGAGGUAGGUGCCCCUAAAUGCACAGCACAACUCUUUUGGGAUGUUUUGCAUGACAAAGGACAAAAAUACAGAACUAACAAUCUGCCAACUCCAUACACCAACCUUCUGCUGUGAACCUCUGUCAUGGUGUAACCCCAGCUGACAACUAAACACCACACAGCCACUCAGUCAUCCUCCAAGGGGGA